AUGAAUUUUAAGCCGCCAAGACGUGAAGCUGGUGAGGGACUCUUGACUGCAGCACCGAAGGGCUUGAAUCCUGGAGAAGGCAUGUAUGUAAUCCAUCUGCCUCAGAUUGGUGGCCCACCUGUUUGGUGCCCUCAUAAUAUAGAGACACCGUUACCGGACUUAGUAGGGGCUAAUACCUGCCAUGUCUCCAACAUCCAUCCUGGCAGUUACCGUAAUCAAACAACUGCUCAAGUAUGCAGUACAAAUAAAGCUUCUUCAUUCCUUAAUUUAGAAUCACAUUGUGACAGGAAAACAAAGGUUCAAGUAGUAUUCCCAGAAAUGGAUGAUACAUCUGGAAUUGCUACUUCUUUACCUUCAGAGGCUUCGACCAGCACUGCCAGUGCAAACCCAAUACCCUCAGAAUCUUUAAGUUAUCAACCUACCCAAGGCCACAUAGAAAUUUUUCCUAGUAAUCCAGGCCAUAUGGAAGAAAUGGCACCAGGAGAAAGGACAAUUCCAUUACAAGAACUAAAAACAAUGCUUCGCCAGCAAUUAGAGUAUUAUUUUUCUAGAGAAAAUUUGUCCACUGAUGCCUACCUAAUGUCUCAAAUGGAUAGUGAUAAUUAUGUCCCAAUCAGUACUAUUGCUAAAUUUAACCAAAUCAGGCGCCUUACAGAAGAUAUUAAUCUUGUUGUUGAAGUUUUAAGAG